GCCUCCAUGUUAUUCGGUGCACAAUCUCGGCCUGGCGUUGGGACACAAUGGUGACACGGAGAAAGAACGUUCCACAACAGAGAACGUCCCACACAAGCAUCGUGAUACAAGCCUGAUCCUCAGUGCGAGAGGAUGAAUGCUAGAGAGGAAUCGUUCACUCUUUACGACUUCUUUACUUCACUUGGACAUCUGGGAUAUUAUUGCUGCUUCCACCCUGUCCCGGCAGUUUUGAUGACACCACAGAAACACAAUGUUCAAGAGAAAAUGAAAAACAAAAUGGAAGCCAUACACAACCUUCAGAGUCCAUGGAUGAGUGACUGCUAAUUGGUGUUGAGCUGCAGCUGAGGAUGGCAGGAGACUCCCGAGUCCUUAUGGACCGCGAUAUGGAGAUUGGAGUAACACCGGGACAGGUGAAGAAGCUCCCCAAGCACCUUAGGGAGGCGCAGAUCUCCACCGAGCGCACCCACCUCAUCUCAGACCCCGUCAAGAAGCCCCGCCAGCGCUACGUGCAGAAGGACGGCAAGUGCAACGUCCACCACGGCAACGUGCAAGAGACCUACCGUUACCUCAGCGACCUGUUCACCACGCUGGUGGACCUCCGCUGGCGUUUCAGCCUGCUCAUCUUCACCCUGGUGUACGUGGUCAACUGGCUGUUCUUCGGCCUGCUGUGGUGGCUGAUCGCGCUCAUCCGCGGCGACCUUUGGCACUCCGACGAAGAGGGCUGGACCCCCUGCGUGGAGAACCUCAACAGCUUCGUCUCGGCCUUCCUGUUCUCCAUCGAGACCGAGACCACCAUCGGCUACGGCUACCGCGUCAUCACCGAGAAGUGCCCCGAGGGCAUCAUUCUGCUGCUGAUCCAGGCCAUCCUGGGCUCCAUCGUCAACGCCAUGAUGGUGGGCUGCAUGUUCGUCAAGAUCUCCCAGCCCAAGAACCGCGCCGAGACGCUCAUGUUCUCGCACAAGGCCGUGAUCUCGGUGCGGGACAACAAGAUGUGCCUGAUGUUCCGCGUGGGGGACCUGAGGAACUCUCACAUCGUGGAGGCGUCCAUCCGCGCCAAGCUCAUCCGCUCGCAGCAGACCAAGGAAGGGGAGUUCAUCCCGCUCAACCAGACGGACAUCAACAUCGGCUUCGACACGGGCGACGACCGGCUGUUCCUGGUGUCCCCGCUCAUCAUCUCCCACGAGAUCAACGAGAAGAGCCCCUUCUGGGAGAUGACCCAGGCGCAGAUCGAGAAGGAGGAGUUUGAGAUCGUGGUGAUCCUGGAAGGCAUGGUGGAAGCCACAGGCAUGACGUGCCAGGCCCGGAGCUCCUACCUGGACACGGAGGUGCUGUGGGGCUACCGCUUCACGCCCGUGCUCUCCCUGGAGAACGGCUUCUACGAGGUGGACUACAACAGCUUCCACGACAUCUACGAGACCAACACGCCGUCCUGCAGCGCCAAGGAGCUGGCCGCCAAGCUGCGGGAGGCGCCGCUGCUGCCCCAGCUCUCCGCACUCCCCCCCACCGCCACCCCGGACACCAAGGCCUUCCCCCUGGACCGCCCGCCCGCCAGGGACCCCCUGUCCCAGGUUGAGGACAAGGAGGACGGCGAGGCGGGGGCCGGCGGCUGAUCGGGGCGAGACUAAUGGCUCGGCCGCCGCUCUGGAAGGACAGCCCCUGGCCGACGGACUGACUGACUGAAGGGGUUGACGGGUCCAUGGGCCACAGUCAAAACACGCAGAAAUGCACAGACACACACAUGCAUACACACACAUGCGUACACACAGACAGAUUCCCACGGAGAGACUGGAACAGCGGACAAUCGUUGCUUCGUUGAGUCAAUGGCCGGCUUGUUCCAUCGCAUCGC